GACGUCUCGACUGGAAGCCAUACGGCGAUAACGAGACCUUCGUUAUAAUCCUGCCCGACGGUCCAGUUCGCGUCGGUGACACCGCCUAUCUCUUUUCCCAAUGGACCAAAGACGCUCAGGGCACCAAGAAGGCCAACUUCUUUCAGAAAUCUGCCAUCGAGAAGGUCUCCAAGACUCCCAGCGGUGAUGACACCGUCAUUGCCAAGGCUUCCUACUACAGCUGGGAGGUCACCUCUCGCGACAUCUAAGGCAAACUCGACGUUGUCAUGUCGAACCCCGCUGGCGACAAGAGCAAAAUGUCGUUCAAACGUAUCUGGCAGUCCAAGGGCGAGCAGGCCACUGGAGCUGCAAGGAUCUGGACUGGUAAGAUUUCUUGGUCCAAGUAUGCGAGCGAUGAGAUGAGUAUUUUCAUCGUCCCCGAGGGAUUCGGUGAUGGAAAGCCUGUUCUUUCGCUUUGGCAGUGGACUCAUGAUGACAGUGGCACUGAAAAGUCCCCAUCCUUCCGCGCUGAGCCUCAGAAGAUGCUGCCUGAUGUUGGAAAAGGUGUCAAGUUCUCUUAUCGCUCGUACUACGAUAUUGUGUGUACUUGGGAUGAGAAGACGGAGAAGCUUGCUGUCCACAUGAAGGGACCUGAAGCCAACCAGGAUCUUGGAGAGUAUAACCUCUCCGCGCUGAUUGAUCGCCACUCCCAUGACUGGAACCCCCCGGAGUUCUCUCCUCCCGAGAAGACCGAGGUCGAAAUCCGUCUUCCCCAGCCUCAGCCAUCUCUCCCUCGCAUCCUUGGACCCCUUCCUUUCCCCAAGACCCUCAUUGAGACUCUGAGACAUACCAUCGCCUUUGCCGAUCAGGCCGGCUACCUUGCCAAGUAUGCUGAGGAUCGAUUCAAAGCACUGGACGCCGAUUUCCAUGCUCAGGGCGAGCAGCUCAACGCCACCAACACCGAGAACAGCGAGUUCAGGAAGGAGAUCAAGAAGCUCAUCGAUGAUCUCACCGUCGAAAAGGCCAAGACCGCUGAUUUGACCAAGAGGCUCGCCGACGCUCAAGCCGCUCAUGCAGCUGAUCUCAAGGAGAGGGAUGAAGACCUCGCGAACAGCAAGAAGCAUGAUGACGAGGACCAUAAGACCAUUGAGCGACUAGUCUCUCAGCUCGACUAUGAACGAGCUUCCAAGGCUGAGGUGCAGAAGAAGCUUGACAAGACGACUACUGAUCUCAUAGCUGCCGAAGCUCGUCUCAAGGCUGAGGCCGCUAAGAUCAUUGAGCUCACCGCUCGCAUCGCCACCCUUGAAGCACAACUCGAAAUCGAGAAGAGAGAGGGUGAUAGACUCCGAGGUGAGAACAAGCAGAAGGACGAGACAAUCAAGCAACUGGAGAAGGCCAAGAACGAUCUCCAGUGCCAGCUCGAACAGGCCCAAGAAGAUAUCAAGGAUCUCGAUGCGCUUGCUAAGGCCAGGAGCAAGACAAUUCGCGAGCAGACCGAUGAAAUGACCAAGCUCAACAACACCAUCACGGAGAAGACACGUGCCUUUGACAAUCUGGAGACGGAAUUGAAGGACAAGGCAAAGGAGUUGAGGACUCACAUGCAUGAGGGCCAUAUUACUCCUGAAUCUAAGCUCCGUUUCAAGUGUAACAUUCGAAGUGAGAGCUCCAGCAGCAACAAGAAUGCCUUCUUGGACCUCAACGGCGCAGGUGGCCAGAACCCCCCUGUGCAUGCCAUUUCCGAUGGAUCGUAUAGGUGGAACUCCAACCAGAUCUGGGAGAUCUUCUCAGUCCCUGGGUCCAACACCCGCGUCGUCAUCAAGAACGCCGGCAACAGCUUUGUUCUCUUCUCUGUCGGACACGGAAAAACUGUUCAAUGCGAGAGAAACCACGAUGUCUCGGACCUUGCAGCCCAAUGGGAUCUCCAAGGCGCAACAGUUGACAACAUCAACGACAACACUCAAGUCCGAUUCCGCAACGCCAAAGAUAACACGUACCUUGACCUGUCAGGUGGCAGUACUGCUAAUGGCACGGCCUUUUUGACCUGGAACGACGGCCACGGUGGUGCGAACCAGGCUUUCAAGCUUUGGAAGCAUUAG